AUGUAUGUGAUUGGCGUGGGUGCCACUGACUUCGCCCUGGCUGUUGCAUCUGUAUUCUCCAAGCCGGGGCACCGCAGGCUGGGAGCGAUGCUCUUUGCGGGCUCUCAGAGCAGUGGCAGCAGUUUGGAGGAUGCUGGCAUUGAGGAGGCCAGGAAGAGGCUCAGAAAGCGAGGGGUGGCAACAAGGGUGAGCGAGGGAGGGGCAUCAGGUGGAAGACCUGAAGCAACAGCAUCAGCAGCACCCGCAACAGGGGUUUCUGCUUUCAGUGCGGGUGUGGCCUCAUCUAGAGCCGGCUACUUUCUUGGCUGCAACAGUGCUACCGGCAGCAGUGAGGGGCUCAACACGGACCCUCUUGUUAAUCUCCUUACGUAUCGGGUUGCUCACAUCUUGAAGUGGCUUCGAAUCCACGGCUCAGAUUUCAUCUCCGGUAAGAGCUGCUUCAAGGACAGCCCACAAGGCAAGGUCCUGCCCAUGCGCCACCUGCUUCGGGAUCUUCCGAGCCUGCUGGUCAGGUUCGGCACUGUUCUCGAGCCUUUGGAUGGAAGCAGCCUUCCGGAGUGGGAGGAGUGGCCCGAAGGAGACGAAGCUACUGUGAAAUUUCCCGAGGACUCCCGUGCUAGAUGUUUCGGUUUGGGCAUGGUUGAUGGCAGGCAGGGUGGCAAGAGCGGGAGUGCGGCAGUGCAUGAGGGUAGCUUGCAGGAAGCUCCCAUGAGGCACAUGCCGUCUCGUCAGAGCGGAGAGUCUCGUCCAAUCAUCCGGUGCAGGGCAGAUGCGGACUUGAUAUUGGAGUUUGCUGGUGUGGUCUUGCACCCACCAGCCUGUGCCCACUGCAACCGGUGCAUCACUGUCUACAUCUCGCACGUCCCCUUUGUCGCUCUCAUCGCCAACUUCGCCUAUCGCCCCGCUGCCGUCCUCCUUGAUCUCUUCCUCUCCAUCUUCCCGCCGCACACUGAGGAGUUCCAAAGCCUGCUCACCCGCCUGGAUUUGGACUCACCACUGGACGUGCCUCGCUACAGCGUGUCUGGCAAGCCGGGCAGCAGCAGUGCGCAUGUGUUACGAAAACGUGUCGAGCAAAUGCCAGUUGCUUUUUCGCUCAGCUUGGCGCUUAUGUGUGCCGCGCCCCUGGUUCAACAGAGUGGGACGGAAGGUGGGAAGAAUUCGGGAACGGAGAAAGGAGGCAAUGGGGCGAAAGGGAAGGCGGGCGGGAGGAGGGUUGGGAGUGGGAAUUGGGGAGAAGGCAUGGAGGGCAGAAACGGUGGGGAUGGUGAGGGGGAUUCGAAGAUUCUGUUGGAGGAGGUACAGUCGUGGCUCAUGGUGGCAACGACCUCUGGCAUGAGGGGGGACGGGGAGACAUGUAGUGGCAGCCGGGCAAGGAAGGAGGUUGUGAGUUCCCGGGUGAAAGAGGCCAAUGAUAUUUACCUGUGCUCUCGGUUUCCCAGGUUCUUUGAAGACAUGAAACACGGGGAUGGGACUUCCAGUGCGUGUGGCAGUAGUGGCAGCAGCUUUAGCAAGAAGGCCAAGAAGGGGGAGGAGCCGGCUUAUCUGAAGGCGUGGCCUGGGGGAGUCAAUCUGGUGGCAUGUCUGCGAGAGAUGCUGCUGGGGGAGCCGUGCUACCACCCUGCUGCCCCUUCUUUGGCCGUUUCAGGAAACUCUGCCAUUGCAUCACCCUCAUCUGAUGCCGAUGUCGCUGCACUGAGCGUUGCUGCAGCAGCCACUUCCAAAGCAAGAACGACAUCAAAUGCUCAAGACAGGCGCGUGUGUGGUGCAGCGGGGUGUGAAAAGGUGGAGGGUGUUGAUGUCCGCUAG